AUGUCCAAUCUACGAAGUAUCGUCGUGUCUGGCGCCAACCAAGGUCUGGGGUACCAUACGGUCCACCAGCUGGCGUCAACACCGAAUGUUCUGGUGUUCUUAGGCUCUCGGAAACUUGUUGCUGGGAAAGAGGCUAUCGAGAAGUUUUCGGCAGGAAUACAUCCUGGAUCCGUUGUCUUACCUAUCCAGCUGGACAUCACGGAUGCCAACUCGAUUAGCACUGCGCGGGAUGUGAUUGCACAAGAGCUCAAGAAACGCAACCUGGCUGGCCUCGAUGUGCUCAUCAACAACGCGGGUAUACUCACGCCCAACUUCGAAGAGGUCUACGCGGUCAACGUGUUUGGUACCGUCAACCUGACAGCCGCUCUGCGUCCGCUCAUGAACAAAAACGGAAGCAUUCUCAACAUUUCUUCCGAACUCGGCUCGCUAGCAGGCCACACCAAACGGCCCGUGCCGCCGCAGUUCCCCGCCUACAACUCGAGCAAAGCCGCGCUGAACCAGCUGACGCUGGCCUGGGCUAUCGAGGAGGAGCAGAAAGGGAGCGGCGUGCGCGUCGUCUCAAUUUGCCCAGGUUAUAACACCACUAAUAUCACUGGGUAUGCCGGAGAUUUGCAUCCUUCUGAGGGAUGCAAGAUUAUAGUGAGAACUGCACUCGAGCAGACCGGAACAACGGGCGUGUUCUUCAAGGCCUCCGGACCUAUCGAGUGGUAA